GAGAACGAUGUUAAUAGUUUACUCUUAAAAGGAAAUUAGACAUAGUAAAAAACACCAACGACAACGACAAUAACCAAAACAAGAACAGGAACGUUGCUUCUUCUGCUCUGUCUUGCGUUUACUUGAGCACCUUCCUUCUAACUCUCCAUUCACAUUCUGGAAACAGCAAAACCAUAACAAGCCACGGGAAGAAGAAAAAAAAAAGUUACCAAAAAUGGAAGUGACGAGCGGUUUGGCACUGCUCUUUCAGCAAUUCAGCGCUCUCUUACGGAAGAACCUUCUGCUGUCAUGGCGAAACAGGAAGGCGACGCUGCUUCAGGUUCUGUCACCACUCUUCUUCAUGUUCCUCAUCUUCGCCAUUGACAAGGCAAUUAAAGCUCAGUACUCGAACACAACUUACUACAAGAGCGUCCCUGAGCCUCCGCUUCGCCCUUCACCUUCCAUCCCUCCAUGCGAGAACAAGUUCUUCGUCAAACUCCCUUGCUAUGAUUUUGUAUGGAGCGGUGAUCGCAACCCUAGAAUUCGGACCAUUGUUGAAGCUAUCAUGAACAAUAACCCUGGAAGGACUAUACCUCCCUCUAAGGUGAAAUCCUUUAGUGAUAAAGCUGCAGUGGACGAGUGGCUUUUGAACAACCCUAUGCACUGUCCAGGGGCUUUGCAUUUUGUGGAAAGAAGUAAAACUAUCAUCAGCUAUGGUUUACAGACAAAUUCCACAUAUGUUCAAAAGAGAGGCAAAUAUGAAGACCCCACUUUUGCAUUUCAACUUCCGCUUCAGCUUGCUGCAGAGCGAGAAAUAGCUAGGAACCUGAUUGGAGACUCGAACUUCAGCUGGAAUGUCUUUUUGAGGGAGUUUGCACACCCAGCCACGGCACCUUUCUCAACAGUGAGUUCCGUAGGUCCAACAUUUUUCCUUGCGAUUGCCAUGUUCAAUUUUGUGCUUCAGAUGAGUUCUUUGGUUACAGAAAAAGAGCUUAAACUUCGCCAGGCAAUGACUAUGAUGGGACUUUAUGAUUCUGCUUACUGGUUGUCCUGGCUCAUCUGGGAGGCAUUCAUUACUCUCCUGUCAUCCCUUCUCGUAGUUCUCUUUGGAAUGAUGUUUCAGUUUCGUUUCUUCUUGAAAAACGAUUUUCUGGUCGUGUUCUUUGUGUUCUUCCUAUUUGAACUCAGUAUGGUAAGAAAACUUCUCAGAUUUCUCUCAAUGUACCAUGUAUAGCUUUUGCUUGUGCUAUCUGCUUUCAUUAGUAAAUCCUCUUCAGCGACAACAGUAGGCUUCUCCAUAUUUAUUGUUGGCUUUGUGACUCAGCUUGUUACACAAGCAGGAUUUCCUUAUUCAGAUAGCAUUUCCAAGACUUUCCGAAUAAUUUGGUCUUUCUUUCCGCCCAAUCCCUUUGCUCAAGCUCUAUAUAUUCUUUCUGAGGCGGUCUCAACUUCUGAAGUUCAUGGUAUUCGAUGGAGUAAACGGGGACAAUGUGGUCCUGACGAUGAAGACUGUGUGAUUACAAUUAAUGACAUUUAUCAAUGGCUCUUAGCUACAUUCGUUUUGUGGUUUGUUCUGGCCAUCUACUUCGACAACAUAAUCCCCAAUGCAUCUGGUGUGAGGAAAUCGAUGUUAUACUUUCUAAAUCCGAAUUAUUGGAUGGGAAGAGGAGGCCAAAAUGUGAAAGAGGGUGGGGUUUGUAGUUGCUGCAUAGUUUCAGUGCCUCGUCAAGAGCAUGUUACACCAGAUGAUCAAGAUGUCCUUGAAGAACAAAAUACUGUCAAAAGACAAAUAACAGAAGGUGUGGUUGAUGCAAAUGUUGCUGUUCAGAUACGUGGCCUUGCAAAGACAUAUCCUGGUGCUUGUAAUAUUGGUUGCUGCUGUAAAUGUAAAAGAACUAAACCUUACAAUGCCGUUAAGGAUUUAUGGGUGAACUUUGAAAGGGAUCAACUAUUUUGUCUUUUAGGACCUAAUGGAGCGGGUAAAACUACGGUUAUUAAUUGUUUGACAGGGAUAACUCCAGCAACUGAUGGAGAUGCAUUGAUUUAUGGACAUUCCAUCCGUAGCUCCACUGGCAUGUCAAAUAUUCAAAAGCUUAUAGGAGUAUGUCCCCAGUUUGAUAUCUUGUGGGAUGCACUGUCCGGCGAAGAGCAUCUUCAACUCUUUGCUACUAUCAAGGGCCUAACCCCAAGUUCCAUCAACUCAAUUACCCAAACAUCACUGGCAGAGGUGAGACUCACUGAUUCGGCAAAAGUGAGAGCGGGAAGUUACAGUGGAGGAAUGAAACGUCGACUCAGUGUUGCAAUUUCCCUUAUUGGUGACCCUAAAUUGGUUGUUUUGGAUGAACCAACUACUGGUAUGGAUCCAAUAACAAGGAGGCACGUAUGGGACAUAAUUGAGAAUGCUAAAAGAGGUCGUGCCAUUGUCCUUACCACACACUCUAUGGAAGAAGCUGACAUUCUCAGUGACCGAAUAGGAAUCAUGGCAAAGGGAAAGCUUCGCUGCAUUGGCACCGCAAUCAGAUUGAAGUCACGCUUUGGAACUGGUUUCAUUGCUAAUAUCAGCUUCUAUGGAAACAAUGUUGAAAGUCGUACAGACAAUAGGGAUGCUGUUUCUACGGUACAUCAGGAGGCUGUGAAGCAAUUCUUUAAGAAUCAUUUAGAUGUAGUGCCAAAGGAAGAGAACAACAACUUCAUCACUUUUGUGAUUCCUCAUGACAAAGAGGGGCUCCUGACAAAUUUUUUCGCGGAGCUCCAAGAUAGAGAAGAAGAAUUUGGCAUAUCUGACAUUCAGCUUGGUCUGACAACUCUAGAAGAAGUUUUCCUGAAUAUUGCAAAGCAAGCAGAGCUAGAAAGCGCUGCUGCUGAUGGGACCCUAGUAACUUUGACCUUAACAUCUGGGGAGUCUCUGCAGAUUCCUAUAGGAGCUAGAUUUGUUGGAAUUCCAGAAACAGAGUCUGAAGAGUACCCAACAGGGGUUAUGGUAGAAGUAUACUGGGAGCAAGAUGAAUCUGGUGCUCUAUGUAUCUCUGGUCACUCACAAAAAGUUCCAGUUCCUUCUGGUGUUCGACUAUCAUCAUCUGCUUCGGCAAGACACCGUAGAAAUUCGCGCCGACCAGGAUCAGUUCACGGGGUUAUAAUUGAUCCUAGCCAAGUUAGUUCAGUCAGGUUUCAAUGAAAAGCAAACCCGUAUGUUGUGGGAGCUGGUGGGUCAUAGAUAAUGUUUUUAGGAUUGUACAUGUUCUUUUGCAUAUUUUUCUUUCAUACAGGGUUCAGCUAUCUCCCUCGUGUUAUUAGUACUUUUAGUGUCUACCUAGCUUGUUAAAUCUUAAAAUGACUUAUUAUGAACGCCAGAGGUAAACUUAUAGAACAAUUAUUUGAACUUUUUUAUUGUAACUUUUUCCUCAUUACUGGUAGAUUGAUAGGUCCUUAA